UCCUCCACCCCUGUAACCGCCGCCGCCGCCGAUCCCGUCAAGGCGCGCAGCCGCCCCUUGGUCGCGCCGUCGCUGGCCGUGGUGCGCCACCGCCGGUGUAGAGCGCCGCCGCGCACCGCCUGAUGGCCUCUGCGCUGCGACCUCCGGUGUGCGCCGUGCUCAGCGCUGUAGCGUCGCCUCCUCUCCUUGCUCUUCCCCUCCCCCGUGCGCCGGGCUUGGCCGGCCCGCCGGUCGUUCAUGGCUCGGAGGGUGCCCCUGGUCGGGGAGGAGCAGGCGCCGUGGAAGAUCACCGUGCAUCUUCGGCGUUGACAGUUGAGGUCGGGCCUCUGUUCGGGAUGGCGACUGCAGAGUUCAUGGAUGAAGAAGUUGAUGGCGCCCGUUGUCAUCGCCGGCGAGUGGCCGUUAUUCAUUGCGGUCUUCUUCUUGGCCUAGCAUGUCACCGGCGAGCCCAUGCGUCCAGUGGGGAAACGGCGUUCGCGACCACCACGGGAGCGCCGACCAUGGCGGCCUCGUCGACGACGACCAGCAUAGGCCGAAAUAGCGUGGCCUAUCGGCCUUUGUUCAUGCAGCAAUUCGGCGAGUUCUUCUCCACGGUUGAACUUAUGGACAUUCUAUGGAAGUCUAAAUAUUGGCAACGAUCUGCAGGCCGGGACCACGUGAUUCCCAUGCAUCACCCUAAUGCUUUCAGAUUCCUGCGAGAAAUGGUGAAUGCAUCUAUUCUUAUAGUUGCAGACUUUGGGAGAUACACAAAGGAACUGGCUUUGUUGAGGAAAGAUGUUGUGGCACCAUAUGUGCAUGUUGUGGGUUCCUUUAUUGAUGAUGAUCCACCUGAUCCAUUUGAGGCUCGUCAUACACUACUUUUCUUUCGAGGCCGUACUGUCAGGAAAGAUGAAGGGAAGAUCCGGGCAAAACUUGCAAAGAUAUUAAAAGGAAAGGAUGGUGUGCGCUUUGAGAAUAGCCUUGCCACAGGCGGUGGCAUUAAAAUAUCUACAGAAGGUAUGCAGUCAUCGAAGUUUUGUCUUCACCCUGCUGGGGACACUCCUUCCUCGUGCCGCCUGUUUGAUGCCAUUGUCAGUCACUGUGUUCCUGUGAUUGUGAGCAGUCGCAUUGAGCUCCCUUUUGAAGAUGAGAUUGAUUACAGCGAAUUCUCCCUUUUCUUCUCAGUUGAAGAAGCUCUAAGACCUGAUUACUUGCUCAACCAGCUCAGGCAGAUCUCCAAAAAGAAGUGGGUUGAGAUGUGGUUGAAGCUAAAAAAUGUAUCUCACCACUAUGAGUUUCAGUAUCCCCCCAGGACAGGUGAUGCUGUGAAUAUGAUAUGGCGGCAGGUGAGACACAAAAUCCCCGCAGUUAACCUUGCUAUUCACAGGAAUAGAAGACUAAAAAUUCCAGACUGGUGGGGAUAAUAAUCUUUGAGUACAUAUUACCAACCUGGUUAUUUUUGGUGCGUGAUCAUUCCUUGUGAACCAGUGCUCAUCUUAGGAUCCAAGGACCGAGCCCACAACUAUUGUGUGAUGGGAACUGACAAUAUCACACCUUUUUUUGGUUCAUUCUUUGACAGGAUAAGUAUAUUUUCCCCUGAAACUACAAAAUAGUGGGAACAAAUAUUAUUUAUAGCGAGUGAAGACUUACCUGACAAAUAGGAUAUAUGUAUCUUCUUUGAUGCUGAAAGUUGCAGUAUAUUGCUGUUGUUCGUGCUGGUAGAUAUACCGUUCAUCUCAGUGGUUGCUUGUGCUAUGGAUCUGUUGACUUCAAUAGCAAAGUUUUCUCUGCUUAGCUUGAUCA